AUGCUGGCCACAACGUCGACUGUGGACUCUUCAGCGGUGGAGAGAGAAGAAUCAAAGAAGUCAAGAAACCAAAUCACGGAUAUCACUGACGCCUCUCUCCUGAAGAGCAUUCUCACUGACGAGCUUGCUCUAGAGACGAUCGGUCGCCAGCAGAAGCUCCUGAAAAGAGAAUUAGCCAAACAGAGGCAAUUAGCUGCAGAGCUGGCAGAGGCCAAACGUCAAACUCAACGCCUGUUAGCAGAGAAGGCGAGACUUGAACGUUUGCAGGCGGAGUUGCCGUCACGGGUAAAUGUGACAGAGACACAGAUCAGCAAUCCCACCACAUGUGAGUCUACAACUCCAGUGGAGAUGACGCCUGUAAUCCAAAGCGAGCCGAGUCUUUCUACUGAAGCAAAAAAGUUGGGCGAAAAGGAAGAGACGAAAUUGAGUGAUAUAACUACCGGCAUUACUCAGUCAGAACCUACAAAAGUGAAUGAGGAGAAAGCGGAAGAACCGAAACCUGAUAGCGUUAUUGAAGAGGGUAAAUUGAAGGAACGAGAGAAGGAUGAUGCGGAGAAGAGCACUGCUCGAAGCGACCGCACAGAGUCCGUUAGAUAUCAGAGGUCGCAUCACAGCAGCCAUUCGCAUUCACGUCCGCAUAGGCAUCACCAUCAUCGCCACCACCAUCAUCACAAACAUCAUCAUCGUCAGCAGUCCCGCGGUUCCUCUACGAGGGAGGAAGACCAGGGAGCAGCAUCUUUCAGCGGUGAGGACGAACUGAAGUCAAGAGACCUACAAAAGCGAGAAGCCAAACAGGAGUGA